UCUCUCUCUCUCUCUCUCUCUCUGUCUCUCUCUCUCUAAGUUAGGGCAAAUCUCGUGCUCACUGAACCAGUAGCCUGUAGCCCAUGGAGGAGCCACCGUCAGCCACCGCGGCGGAACCGUCGACGACUGUCCUCCGCAAGAGGACUAGGGGUCGGACUCAGACCACUGAGAACCCUGAGAGGACCACCACCGGGAGCGACCAGGAGGAGCGCGAGAGCUCACCCGAUGACUUCAAAGAAGCUCGUCCUAGAGCUAAACGAGGUCGACCUGCCGCUGCCGCUGCCGCUGGCCCUUCUGCCGCCGCACCGCAGAAACUCGCCGGCCUCACCUUGAUUGAGGUCAUCAAGGGCAAUGGGAAACUUAUCCCUCAAGCAGUCAAGCUUUGGGUUGAGCGAUAUGAAAAGGAUCCAAAACCUGCUAUGGUUGAACUUUUGAUGAUGCUGUUUGAGGCAUGUGGGGCCAAGUAUCAAUUCAAAGGAGAGUUGCUGGACGAGAUUGAUGUUGAUGAUGUUGUGGUUGCUCUUGUCGAGCUUGCUAGAAGUGGUAAUGUUGAAGAUUACCAAAGUUCGAAAAAGAAGGAAUUUAAGAACUUCAAAGAAAAUCUUCAAUCUUUCUGGGAUAAUUUGGUCCGUGAAUGUCAACAUGGGCCAUUGGUUGAUCAGAUCUUGUUCGAGAAAUGCAUGGAUUAUAUAAUUGCUUUGUCAUGCACUCCUCCAAGAGUUUAUCGUCAAGCUGCUACUUUGACGGGUCUCCAGCUUGUUACAUCGUUUAUAUCUGUUGCUAACACCCUUGGUGCUCAGCGAGAAACUACUCGUAGACAAUUAGAUGCUGAAAAAAAGAAACAAACUGAGGGGCCUCGUGUGGAGUCACUGAACAAGAGGUUUUCAACGACUCAUGACAAGAUAACUAUACUAGAACAGAUGAUGCGCAAGAUAUUUCAAGGGUUAUUUGUGCAUCGCUAUCGAGACAUUGAUCCAAAUAUUCGGAUGUCUUGCAUAGAGUCACUAGGCGUGUGGAUUCUUUCCUAUCCAUCACUGUUCUUGCAGGAUUUAUACCUGAAGUAUCUUGGCUGGACACUAAAUGACAAAAGUGCUGGUGUAAGAAAAGCUUCCGUCCUUGCAUUGCAAAAUCUUUAUGAGGUUGAUGAUAAUGUGCCAACUCUUGGUCUAUUCACCGAAAGAUUUUCUAGUCGGAUGAUUGAUCUUGCUGAUGACAUCGACAUUUCUGUGGCUGUAUGUGCAAUUGGCCUUGUUAAACAACUACUAAGACACCAGCUUCUACAAGAUGAUGAUUUGAUUCCUUUAUAUGAUCUGCUUAUCGAUAACCUACCAGAGAUCAGGCAUGCUAUAGGGGCAUUAGUGUAUGAACACUUGAUUUCUCAGAAGUUUAAUAGCUCCCAAUCUGGUGCAAAAGGAGAUGGCAGCAAUUCUUCUGAGGUCCAUCUUGGGAGAAUGUUGAAAAUUCUAAAUGAGUUCUCUGCCGAUCCAAUUCUAAGCAUCUAUGUCAUUGAUGAUGUUUGGGAGUACAUGAAGGCAAUGAAGGAUUGGAAGUGUAUUAUCUCCAUGCUUUUGAAUGAGAAUCCAUUGAUCGAGCUUACUGAGGAGGAUGCAACAAACUUGGUACGACUUCUUUGUUCAUCUGUCAAAAAGGCCGUAGGAGAGAGGAUUGUUCCUGCCACCGAUAACCGAAAGCCACAUUACAGUAAAGCUCAAAAAGAAGUAUUUGAACACAACAGACGAGAUAUAACUCUUGCCAUGAUGAAGAAUUACCCAUUACUUCUACGGAAGUUCAUGGCUGACAAAACAAAAGUACCAUCACUGAUUGAAAUUAUCGUGCACAUGAAUCUUGAGCUAUAUUCCCUGAAGAGGCAGGAGCAGAACUUCAAAACUGUCCUUCAACUCAUCAAGGAGGCAUUUUUUAAACAUGGUGAGAGGGAGGCACUGAGAUCUUGCGUAAAUGCUAUCAACCUUUGUUCCACGGAGAGUCAAGGGGAGCUAAAAGAUUUUGCUCGUAAUACACUAAAGGAACUUCAGGAUGAGCUUAUUGCCAAGCUUAAAUCUGCAAUGAAAGAAGUGGCGGAUGGUGGUGAUGAAUAUCCUCUUCUGGUGAAUUUGAAAAGGUUGUAUGAGCUUCAAUUAACAAGAGCUGUUUCUACUGAUACCUUGUAUGAAGAUCUUGUCUCAACUCUUCAGAGUCAUACAAGCAGGGACCAUGAGGUUAUCAGUUUUCUGCUUCUCAACAUGUCUCUGCAUUUGGAAUGGUCUCUGCAGUCAAUCAUCACUAGUGAGACUGUCUCUGAAGCAUCUUUGUCUUCUCUAUUGGUGAAACGCAAUUCCUUGUCUCAGCAACUAGAGUACUUUCUUAACAGCCCUCCUGAAUUGGAGGGUAAUCCUGCUAAUCAGCUAGCUUGUAGGGUUUGUAUUCUGCUAUCAGAGUUGUGGUUUAUGUUUAGAAAGACACUUUUUGCUUCAACAAAUCUGGAAAGGUUGGGAUAUCAUCCAGAUGCAUCCAUUCUUAAAAAAUUUUGGAACCUAUGUGUGCAACAGCUCAGUAUUUCAGAUGAGACAGAAGAUGAAUAUGCGAACCGAGAAUAUAUUGAGGAGGCAAACAGAGAAGCAGUAAUUAUUGCUGCUGCAAAGUUGGUUGCUAACGAUGUAGGUUCUAAGGAAUAUCUUGGUCCGGAGAUUAUCUCUCGAUUUUUGAUACAUGGAACAUCUGUAGCAGAGAUUAUUAAGAAUCUCAUUACUUGUCUAAAGAAGAAAGAUGAUGAUCUUCCCAAAAUUUUCUUCGAGGCGCUGAAAAAGGCCUACCAGCGGUACGUGGUUCAACUUUCUGAGAGUGAUGAUGAAUCUUCAGCAAGCAAGUGUUUUCAAGAAUGUAAAGAAUUGGCUGCUCGGAUUUCUGGGAUGUUUAUAGGUGCUGCCAGGAACAAGCACAGAUCAAACAUUCUAAAAAUUGUUAGUGAUGGCAUAGAAUAUGCAUUUCUAGAUGCGCCGAAGCAGUUAUCUUUUCUGGAAGGUGCUGUGAUCCAUUUCGUAUCCAAAUUGCCAACAUCUGAUAUCCUGGACAUUGUGAAGGAUGUCCAGAGCAGAACAGAAAAUGUAAAUACGGAUGAAGAUCCCAGUGGCUGGCGCCCCUAUCACACGUUUGUUGACAACUUGCUUGAGAAAUAUGCAAAGAAUGAAGGUAUCCAAGAUGAACAGGAUGCCCCCUCUGUAAAGCGCAGGGGUCGCCCACGCAAAAAGCGUCGGGGAAAGGGACUCUUUGAUGAGCAGAGUUCGAGUGAAGAAGAAGAUUUAAUAAGCGCAUCGGACCAUGAAAAUGCUCAAGAGGAAGAAAACAAGCAAGACGACGAGGAUGACGAUGAAGAUGCUCCUUUGAUACAGUCAUUUAGGUCAUCGGCCAAGUUGAGGGCAUUGAGAGUUGCAAGAGCGGAAACGAAGGCCAGAUGAGGGCAUUGAGAGCUUAAAGGUAAUUUCGCCGCGUCAAAGCGGCUGAUCGAUGGUUUUUCUUUCGCUGUGCAGCAUGUUUAAAUUAGAAUUGCAACCUGCACGUCGUACACUUGAAGGCGUAUAUAGUUUGUCGACUUGCACAUCUGUCUAAUCGUUUUCGGGUCUCCCUAUUGGCUCGGUGGAUCUUUAUUACUGCAUAAUCGAGAUUAAUUAACCUUU